AUGAGGUCCAAAGAUAAUACAGUGGACAAUAUGGUUAAUGAAGUUCUGGUUGUCACACAAACUUCACACGAUGCCAAAGAAGAGGAGGAAAGUAAAAUGCUGGAGACAGAAAAGACCAUCAAGGUUAAACAUGUGGAUGAUGAAGAGAAAAUCGGGCCUAAUGAGGAAGAUAAAUCGGCACAGAAUGAUGACCAAGUGUUUGGGCUCAGAGAUCUGUCCAAAGACAAGCUACUGAAACUGCUUGGGAUCAUGGAGGGAGAGAUCCAGGCACGAGAAGAUGUGAUCCAUCUACUGAGGUCUGCGCUGCUGAGUCGACCAGAGGAGCUGGAGUCCCGUUAUGGCCUAUCGGGUCCGACCCGACCCCUGCAAGCCCUGCAGAGAGACCGAAAUCUCGGCAACAACCGUGCACAGUACGAACAUGUGUAUGACAAGCCAAUGGCAGAGCUGGACAGAUUGCGGGAUAAGCACAAGGACUCAUAUCGCCGUAUGCUGGAACAGCUCUUGCUGGCUGAGAAAAGCCACCGGCGCACUGUCUAUGAGCUGGACACCGAGAAACGCAAACAUGUGGACUACAUGAACAAGAGCGAUGACUUCACCAACCUCCUGGAGCAGGAACGAGAAAGGUUAAAGCGCUUGCUUAAACAAGAAAAAGCAUACCAAAUAAGGAAGGAAAAAGAAUUUUCUAAACGUAUGCAAAGAACAUCUGGAGAGCUGGUUAAGCUGAAGUCCUUCGCACUCAUGAUGGUCGAUGAGCGAGAACUUCACUUGCAGAAAAUCGACAAACAGAGCCACAAAAUACAAGACCUUCUUCAAAAACAAGAGGAAAAGGAGAAGAAGCUGCAUGAGGCAGAAAGAAAAACGAAAGAAGACAACCAGAAAAUCCUGGAUCUUGAGGUUGAGCUGGAGCUAAGAACAUCUAAGUUUGCAAAAGAGCAAGAGGAGAUGUCUGCAAAACUGUACAGCCUAGAAUCUCAACAUCAGCAGCUGUCCCAGAAACAGGUGGACUUGUUACACAAACUCAAAGAGCUUGAAGGGACCAACGAAGCCCUUCAGAAAUCAGCGGAGGACCUAGAAGCUUUAAAAGACAAGAUCAGAAAGGGCGAAUGUGGCAAUUCAAAUUUGAUGGCAGAACUUGAGACUUUGAGCAAAAAAAUUUUGGAAAUGGAGGGUAAGGAUGAAGAGAUCCAUAAAACUGAGAACAAAUGCAAUGAGUUGAAGAAGAUGCUUCUGGCUGAGGAGGCUCAGAAUAAGGACCUGAGGCUAGAGGUGGAAAAACUGCAACAGAGAAUGACACAGUUCGAGACACUAGAGAUGACCUUCAAUAUGGGCAGGACAGAAUGUGCCCAGUUGCAGGCAGCUUUGGAAAAGGAAAAAACCUUGACUAAAGACCUAACAGACGAACUUGUGAGCGUUAAAAUCCGUAUGAAGGAGCUCGAAUCGUCUGAGCUGAAACUGGAAAAAGAUGAAUUAGAUUUAAAAGAGGAUCUUUUGAAACUCAAAUCAGUUACUGUAAUAAUGGUUAAUGAACACAAGAACAUGUCAGACAGAAUUAGGUCUGAGGAAAAGAAGAGGGAUGAACUGAACAAACUCUAUAAGGCAGAGCAGGAGAAAGUCAUGGAGGUCACUGAGAGGCUAAUAGAGGAAAGCAAGAAGCGUCUGAAACUAAAGUCAGAGAUGGAGUUGAAGAUAACUGCUCUUGUAAAUGAGAGAGAUGAAAUAAAGCGAAUGCUUAUCAAAGCAGAAGAACAAUGCAAAGAUCUGAGCUCCAAGCAUGUUAUAAUGAAGCACAAUACCAUGAAAAAAGAAGAAACAGAGUCUUUUCAAAAGGUGACACAUGGAAAAGAUGAGAAAAAAGUUAAGGAGCUGACUUUGGAGACUGAAAGACUGAAGAACCGCCUUCAACAGCUCGAAGCCAUUGAGCGAGACGUGAUCAAACCAGAGUACGAUUUCUUUGAAACCAAGAAAGAAAGGGCACAUUCUCUUUCACAACAGGUACAAGAAAUAAGUCAAACUGAGAUGAUUAUGGUAACAGAGCAAAGUGAGGUGGGCUGUCAAGAGACUGAACUGAGACAUCGGUUCAUGAUGGAGGAGGCCAAAACCAGAGACCUUCAAGCAGAUGUGCAAGCCCUCAAGGAGAAGAUUCACGAACUCAUGAACAAAGAAGAUGAGCUGUCCCAGCUACAAGUGGAUUAUUCUGUUCUGCAACAGAGGUUAGAGGAGGAAGACAAGAAAAAGAGCAUAAGCACUGAAGUUCUUAACCUUACCAAAGAACUUGAGGUCACAAAGCGCUACAGCCGCACUUUACGGCCCAGCAUCAAAGGAAGCAGAAUGAUGGAUGUUUCUGUGACGUCAACUGGAGUACAAACUGAUUUAGUCGAAAAUAGGACAGCUGACAGUGACACACCGGCUGCAUUCAUUAAGAAGUCCGUCCAAGAGGAGAACCGGAUCAUGAGUAGCCUGCAACAGAGGAGCAUAAAGAAGCCAGCGCCGAGACCGACAGUACGUGAACUUUACCCACCAGCAGUCAGUGACUAUACUGCAAAGAAGUCCUGGAUUCCUUGGAUGAGGAAGAAAGACAGUAGCCCUUCUGAAGUAUCUCUGGAUACCACAACUUCUGAAGUCAGCAUGUCUCAAAAGUAUGACCAGAUGAUCCCAGAUAUUCAGAACAAUGAGGCAACCUUGCAGAAUUGCACUGGCCUUUCUGAGGACUUGACCAAACAAGCUUCUGCCAAACUAUCACAAGAAACUCAGAGCUCGCAGACAACCAUCAUUCCUACAAAUGAACGAACCAAAGAGUCAAAGAAUCCAGAAAAACUUAGAUUACCAUUGACCUUUGCCUCAAUCUCGAGAGUAAAGGGUGCAGAGAUCACAAGGUCUCCCUCUAUUGACAAAUCGUUAUCUCCUGUAUCCACUGCAUCCAUCAGCAGCUCCCAAAAGUCUGUGGACAUGAUAACAGGUAGAGCUGUGUUUAAGGAGACUCCUGAAAAACGAAUGGUCCCCACACCUAUUAAGAAGUCAAGUUCUAAUGUCAUUACCGCAGAAGACAGUAAGAUUCACAUUCACUUAGGAACACAGUUGAAGAAGACCACUGAUCAUGACUCAGUCGUCAUGGCUAAGUCUAUUUCUGUGACAUCUGAGUGUAGUGAAGUUUCAACUGGAACUGUGCUACGCUCACCGCACAGUGUGACUGCCAGCAAAUCAACAUCUAGCAAAGCGAUGAGCAGCAUCACCAUCACGCAGGUCACUAAAGCACCUGCCAGACCCACACUCUCAGUGCAGCCCAUCACUGAUGUCCCAUCAGCACGAUCAGGUUUCAGUCGUAUUCCGAUGUCCAGAGGAAUGAAAACCGGAAAAGCUGUGCUUGGAGCUUUGGGAAUCACCACAGGAGUUAAAAUGGAAACCAACCCCGAGAACCAAGCCAUACACAAUGACCUGAAAAAAACCGCUGUCAUUAAUGGAGCCCUACAGGGUGGCGGGAAGAGCUGAGAGCAUUGAACAAAUAACAUACAAGUUUGCAUUUAUCUCUUGUAUACUGUAUAUGAUUGUCAUAUAUAUCAAUACUGUAUAUGAUUGUGCAAUUGUUGUGUUGCAGAGAUGCAAGGGCAGACACAGAUAGUUCUUGGGAAAUAACUAGGGAAAGUGACUUGCCUUUACUGUAGCACAAAUGCUGCAGCAAUAAUUUUGGUAGGAUAUACCAUAAGUUAGCAUCACCCUGAAUUAAAUUACUUUUCCCUAACUCUUUAUAAAAGAAAACUUUUUCCCUGAAAGUUUGAGUUAGAAUAGUUUGCAAGAGCACAAACAUUAACACAAUAAGGCUGUGAACUAGUGAGUAGUUUAAAGUAGAGAGUUUACCUGUUCGGUGUGGUGACAUUUAAUAUCUGAUAAACCUAAAACCCUCUUAAGUCUCAUUUAGACUCUUGUUAGUAACUGUUUUUAAAAGACAAGUAAAAACGUGAGGUAAAAAUAUGACAGUAUGUUGAAUUAACCACAGAACUAAAAAAAAUCAGCCAUUCUAUGUUCAAAACGAAGUGCUCACAGCAACCUAGAUCUCUAGGUUUUAUUGAUUGCAACAGAUGCAUUUAAAGAAUACUUGUCCAGUAAAAAACUGCAUAUCAAAUAAAUGAAAUCGUUUAUAUCAAAUUAAAUGUUUUAUUUGCAAAGAAUGUCUGCUAAAUGAUGUGUUUUAAUAGUGCUGUUUAUGUUUAAUGGUGUAUAAUUUUAGCAUUUUCUGGAAUGUACAUAUCCGACCAAGCAUUUUCUGUGAGUGACUACUGAUUAUUGUUUUGAACUGAAAUGAAUUGAUAAAAGCCCCACAAUGAGUAUAAUCUGUAAUGGAUUUUUAUUACCUGUUUGUAACUAAAAAAUGUUUUGCUUUCA